GUAGAGUGCAAUGUGAUCACGUAAUGGCGGGUAAGGCGUUACAGUGGAAAUUAGUGGAGAACCCCACUGGACCUCAGCCCCGUCCAAGACAUGGACAUCGUGCUGUAGCUAUUAAAGAUUUGAUGGUUGUUUUUGGAGGCGGAAAUGAAGGAAUUGUUGAAGAACUCCAUGUUUACAAUACAGCUACAAAUCAAUGGUUUGUACCAGUCACAAAAGGAGAUGUACCCCCAGGAUGUGCAGCUUAUGGCUUUGUUGUGGAAGGUACCAGACUUCUUGUUUUUGGUGGAAUGGUUGAAUAUGGAAAAUAUAGUAAUGAACUGUAUGAAUUACAAGCAUCAAAAUGGGAGUGGAAAAAACUGAAUCCAAAAUCACCAAAACUAGGUCCGCCACCAUGCCCGCGACUGGGCCACAGUUUCACCCUUGUAAACACAAAAGUGUACCUGUUCGGAGGUCUAGCCAAUGACAGUGCAGACCCAAAAAACAAUGUUCCCAGGUAUCUGAACGACCUCUACACGUUAGAUAUACGCAGUAACCCUGUACAGUGGGACAUCCCCCAAACAAAUGGCCCCUCACCCCCGCCCAGAGAAUCUCAUACAGGUGUUGCAUAUCUGGACAAGAAAAAGGGCAGAUCAUUCCUGGUCAUUUACGGUGGAAUGAGUGGAUGCCGCUUGGGUGAUCUGUGGUUUUUAGAGACUGAAACAAUGACCUGGCUGAAACCCCAGGUCUCGGGAAUCACUCCCCUUCCGAGAUCUCUGCACACCUCUACGCUGAUUGGACACAGAAUGUUCGUUUUCGGAGGUUGGGUACCUGUGGUAGCAGAUGAAGUCAAAACUGCUACCAAAGAGAAAGAAUGGAAAUGUACAAGUACUAUGGCGUGCCUGAAUUUGGAAUCCAUGAAUUGGGAUGAACUCAGUAUUCAUGCAGAAACGGAAGCUGACUUGCCUUGUGCUAGGGCUGGGCAUUGUGCUGUUGGAAUCAGCACAAGGCUGUAUAUUUGGUCUGGGCGAGAUGGUUAUCGCAAGGCAUGGAAAAAUCAGGUCUGUUGCAAAGAUUUGUGGUAUUUGGAAGUUGAAAGGCCACCUGCUCCCAGUCGAGUAUCCCUUGUGAAAGCUGCAACAACUACGUUGGAGGUCAACUGGACCGGCUCACCCUCAGCUCAAACUUACAUUCUGCAGAUACAAAAAUAUGACUUACCCCCACCAGCCGCGAACGUACCUAAGCCCCAAUCUUCCAUAGCCGCUGUUCCACCGCCCCUGAUAAAUUCUCCGAAACCAGCGCCAGCCCCGCCAGUUUUGGCCAGUCCUACGACGGCCCCGACUCAGGUCACGAAAACUGUCGUGCAUAAUCAAAUUUUAUCUCCGAAGAUCUUGACGACACCCAUAAUCAAAGCUCCUCCCAUGAGACUUCAGGGCUCGACUGGAACCAUUGUAAGACAGGCAACACCCCAAGUUGCCGGAAAACAGCUCAUCAUCAAACAGGGCGCCAACAUUAUUCAAAAACCCGGUGGAGUUCCACAAGUUGUUACAUUGGUUAAAACCAGCACAGGAAUGGCUCUGACUACAUUACCAAAAGGGGGAAAUCUCAUACAGAGCAAAGCUGGCACAGUUAUUCCUCAACCAUCGAAAAAUACCAUCGUCAAAAUUGUACCUGGUACGCCGACUAGCAAAGUGCUGACCACAUUGAAGACGAUACCCUCCAACAUGAUUCAAAUGAACAAAACCACUGGAAAGUUGGUUCUUUCCAAAGGAGCUGGACAAAUGCCUACAAUUGGAAAUCAACAAGUUUUGGUUGUGAGUUCGACUGGUGGUCUGAAGAAUAUACAGACUCUGACGAACGCCCAAGCAGUUAAUUUGGGAACCGUCAAAACAACAGCUCUCAAUACCCAACCCGUUUCUGCAUCAUCGUUAACCAGUUUGCAGGGUGUCAAACUGACCGGAAAACCUAUUACUAUUUCGAUGCCAAUGCAGGUAGUUGGAUCUCCUAAAACUGUAACGUUGUCUAAGAAUACGAAGCAAGUGAUGAUCGGUGGAAAGCAAGUGACAGUUCAGAUGGCGACAGGCGGCAACAAAACUCUGACGCUGGUGCAGCCAAAUCAAGUCAGCGGCGUUGGUAAAAUUGUGCGUCUACCCAUUAGCUCGACUACAACGAAUAGCUCGGAACAGCCUAAGCUGAUGAUGGUGUCUCGUCCGAAACAACCCACCGCAACAAUCGCUUCGACUUCGUUCGACGGCCCGGCGACCACGGACGCCGCGCUCGCGGCCCUCGCGGCCGAGGCGGGCCUCCUCGAUCCCGAGCCUGAGAAGGCGGUGGUGACCGACGAAGAUCCCGACGCGGGAGCAGCCGACAAGGCUGACCUCGACCUGGCCGGCCAGCCGGGCGACCUCGGCCUGGACGCCGCCGCCGGGCUGUCUGGCGGCGGGAUCUUCCAGCAGCUGGGACUGAAGGGCGGGUCGGCGAGGUUGGGGAGGUUGGGGUUGAAAGGCGGGGCGGCGAGGUUGCCGCCCAAAGGAUUCAGAUAUCGCAUGGGGCUUUACGGAGGCAGCAACGACGAACUGGAGGCAGCAAUGAAACCCUCCACCACCACCGCAGAGGCGGACUCCACGGAAGAAACCGCCGUCAACGGCAAUCCGAAGCCCGUCGAACCAGAAGAGGAGGAAGAAGCGGAGGAGGAGGAGGAGGGCGAAGAAGAGGAAGAAGAGGAGAAUGUCGGCGAUAAGAUGGACCUCGACUUGGACAUCAAACCGGAACUGUCCGAGAUAAAGCAAGAAGAAGAGCCGACGGAGGAUUCCGAAACGAACUUGAACUCCGAGCUGAUGAUGAAAAUGGAGCCUGACAGCGGAUUCGACAACUCUUUAACGGAAGCGGCGAAAACGGAAGACCCUCUUUUUAUCGAUAAGAGAGACGAAGGUCCGACCGACGAUCCGCUUGCAGCCCUUGCGUCCGCCGCCCUCGACCGGUCGCAGGACGCGCCGAAGCGGCCCGCCCCGCCCGAUGGCACGCCCGCCAAGGACACCUGGUACACGGUCGGCUUCGUCAAGGGCACCAGCUGCGACGUGCACGGCUACUUCCUGCUGGGCGACGCCGGCGACUUGGACGCAGACAGCCUGCCCGAGCUGGCGCACUUCCCGAAAAUGGGGCUCGAGCCGGGCACGGCGUACAAGUUCAGGGUGGCCGCGGUGAAUUCGGUGGGGCGGGGCGAAUGGAGCGAGGUUUCGGCAUUCAAAACCUGUCUGCCAGGUUUUCCGGGAGCACCAUCUGCAAUCAAAAUAGCCAAAUCUGGUGACGGAGCACAUUUAUCGUGGGAGCCACCAAGUGCUAACCAAGGAGGCAUACUCGAGUACUCUGUUUACUUGGCAGUCAAGGGGAAGGACAAAACAAAUCCUCCUGGACAAUUGGCGUUUGUCAGAGUGUAUUGUGGACCAAACAACCAAUGUGUAGUGGCGAACACCUCGUUGGCAGUUGCACACCUUGAUACAUCGACGAAAGCUGCUAUAAUUUUCCGUAUCGCUGCCAAAAAUGACAAAGGCUAUGGUCCUGCUACACAAGUUAGGUGGUUACAAGAUCCACAAUCAACAAAUAAAGCAACAAAGCGCCAACCCGAUGAGAAACCGCUAUACGUUAAAAAAAUUAAGUUUGAGAAGGAUGAGAAGUAAAGUGUUGGUGAAUGUGGUAAGAAGAGUGUUCACUGUAAAUUAAUAUUGAUUGUACUUGGAAAUGUGAGUGUUUUAUCAUUGAUUCCCUAAAUAUCAUAACAUUUUUAAUUUUUUUACAAAGAACAUUCUCGAAAUGUCUGAUUUAAUAGUUGUGUUUGUGGUUGAUUUGGAGAAUUUCGAAUGUGGAAGGUGCACGAUUGUAUCAUUUUAUUCUCAUUUUUUCUACCGUCAUUUCAGCUUUGCUGUGAAGAUAGUUGUAUUAUUUGUAGAUUACAUGGAUAUGUUAAGGUGCUUAGGAUAUUGUUUAUACGUAAUUAUUCAAGUAAAUUUG